GAGGUCGACCAGACGCCUGCUGUCGACCCCAAAGUGUACCGCGUCGACCCGUCGUCAGACACCGUCCAGAAGCCGUACGAGCCGCCUUCCGGACCCUUCAGCAAGACCGGCGUCGAGGCUGGCGUAAAAGGCGCGCACCCCACUGAAGGCACUGCUUCGAAGAACGGCGCCAAGAAGAACCCCGCCUGAACUGCGAUUCAGCACGCCAAAGAUCAUCGGUCCAAGCAGGCACGAUGGAACCCCCGUUGCAGCUGAACUGCAAAGCCGCAUAACUGUAUCAUAACUUAACGACACAUUCAUGUACAACUCCCUGAACCACAAUUUCUUGCGAAACUCGCGAUCACACUGGCCCUCAUCAGAAGAGCGUGUAGGCAGCACUGGGUGCGUGCCCCAUGGACCGUUUGGCGGUGAUCGACGAUCGAGACACGUCCACUCUCACGAAAUUAGGCAUGGAAUGAGGUUUCAUGGGAAGCACACAACUGCAAAGUGGUGUGAAUAUGCAAAGACGAACGCAAGACGGAGCUCACAUGAUGUCAGUUCCAGCAGGCCGUCUCGUCGGCUCUGCGUUGUUCAGCAAUAUGGAUCCAAGGAAACGAAUAAGAUUGGAGCUCAGAGAAGCGCUUAUUUGGAGCAACAUUGACAAUCUGAUGCGCAUGGCGCGUGGAGCCGAGUUACGGCGUUGAAACCCGUUUCUCCACCUAACAAAUAUAGGUUCCAGUCAAAAAUCAAUCAAUCAAAUAAGCGCUUUGAGUUCAGCGAGAAGCGCACGAACACUGGGGCUCCCACUGUUCUUUUCAGGUGGUUUCCUCUCAUCGCCAGCAAUGCGCGUGAAGAGCGUAUCUGCGCCGUGGGAGAAAUUAGCUUGUGAAUGAGGAAAGCGCGUGCGAGGACGGACAUCCGGUGAAAACGACGAUUGGGAGUGUGAUCAUCAUGACGCGGAUUCGGCGCGCCUGGUUUCGGGGUAUCAGAGCAGGAUUCGCGGCCGCCAUCUCAGGCGCGUGGUGGUUUGUUCCUAGGAGGGUCACGCCUUGCCGAAGAGUGACUAGGGACGUCACUGAUGGAGUGAUGGAUCAUUGAUGGAUGUUGAAUCAUUGACGAGUGAUGGCGGCUUCGGAAUUCGCCGCCGUGAGGCUGCAGCGCUUAAGCGACGGUCCGGUGGCGUGAGUUUAAAUCAUCUGCUGGAUGCACUCCAUUCCCG